AUGGAUUAAUCAAUAGUGAAACUAAAUACAGAAUGUGAAGACAUUCAACAGUCAUUCCUUUCAUCUCCAAGUGAGUACUUCUCGAAUCAAAAAGAUGACUUAGUUGAAAAAUGUCAAUUCUCUUAUAAACUAUUCAGCGAAACCAAUCCCAGAGAUCAAAUCGCUUAGAAGAUUGUUAAUUUUCAACAAGAAAAACAACAACUUCUCUACUUGAUAGAGAAAUUAGAAUAGUACUUCAUUAAAGAUAUAACAACCUUACUUGAAUAUGUUGAGCAAUUAGAAUAAUCAUACAAUACCUUAUACAAUGGAGGAUUCAAAAUAAUCAAUGAGCAAUUGCUUACCUACUUUGAUUACGAGAAGGUGUAAAAACUAAAUGAAACAAUUAAUCUCCUGGAGUAGAGAUGGAAUCUACCCUAAAUUAAGGAAGCCGGCAAGUAAUUUGAAAAGGUCUUAGGAUUAUCUAGUUUGAAAUGCAUGCUGGAAGAACAUGUUAGAGAUCAAACUAUGGUACAGUUCUUUUUACAAAAUUAAAUACACAAACCCCCAGUUGAGUGUCUAUUCUUAAGGAGUAAAGAAGUUGAUAAAUUGAAUGAAUCUGAUGGGAUUUACUUUGGGGAAGUAUUGCAAUAAAUGAAACAUGGAUUUGGAGUUUGCAUUAGGGGUUAAGCCAUUUGGUAAGGAUAUUGGAAACACAAUCAUAUCAUCUGGGGUUAGUACACUUUCGAAGAAAAUGGAUAGAAAAAAAUAAUGUAAGGGUGUUUCAAGGACGAUCUGCUUGAAGGAGAAGGAAAAUGUAUUGCGUUUAAUGGAGAUACAGUCUAAGGCUAAUUUAGAAGAAGUAGAAUAUAAGGCAGAGGUACUUAUAAAUUUAGCUAUGGAAAUAUAUAUGAGGGAGAUCUAAAAAAUAAUACGAUAGAUGGAUAAGGUUCCAUGAAGUUUGCAAAUGGUGAUUAAUACGAAGGGGAUUGGAGAAACCAUUCCAUUUAUGGUAAAGGCAAGUACACAUAUAAUAAUGGGGAUUUUUAUGAAGGAGAUUUUGUAAAUGGAGACAAGGAAGGAAAAGGAGUCUUAAGAUAUGAAAAUGGUAACAUAUAUUAAGGAGAAUUCAAAAAUAAUAUAAUUCAUGGAUUGGGAGAGUUUAAAUUUGUUAAUGGAGACAAAUAUAAUGGAGAAUUCAAAAAUGGGUAAAGAGACGGAAAGGGAAAAUAUGAAUAAGUGACUGGAGAAUUUUAUGAAGGCUCGUUUGUUAAUGAUAAAAGAGAAGGAUUUGGAGUUUAAAAAUAUUCUAAUGGAGACAUCUAUGAGGGGUAAUUCAGAAAUGAUAAAAGGGAAGGAUAAGGAAGAUAUAAGUUUGCUAAUGGAAAUGUUUAUAUUGGAGAUUUUGUUAAUGACAAAAUUGAAGGUAAGGGAAAAAAGAAAUUUGUUAAUGGCGAUGUUUAUGAAGGAGAAUGGAGCAAUCAACUUUUCAAUGGUAAAGGCUAAUAUAAGUUUGCUAAUGGAAACACAUAUAUUGGAACUUUUGUGAAUAAUAAAAGAGAAGGACAUGGAGUUUAUAAAUUUGCGAAUGGAAAUAUCUAUGAAGGAGAGUACAAAAAUGAUAAAAGAGAUGGCAAAGGAAUAUUUGUUUACGCUGAUGGAAACCGAGAGAUUGGAGAGUAUUUUGAGGGCAAACCUUCUGGAGAACACUAAGUCUAUAGGGGAAGAUAAAGCAGUCCUUUCAAGAUUAAUAAUUAUAAUUCUGGUAAACUGGAUUCUACCUUCAUUACCAGCAGAUUUUGA